CGGGCCUCGUGUUGGCCGCCCCUGCUCUAGAGCGCAUCUCGCUCUAGUUCACUUUAGCUCGUCAGCCAUUUUCUUUACGCGGGAGGAAAGGAGGUUAUGACGUAGCUCUCCCUAAAGACUGAAAAUGAGAGAUUCCUCUUUAUACCAAAGGAAGCCUACGAUGCACCCGAAUGUACAUGAAUAUAAGGAAAGAAGUCAUUCACUUCUCGCGAUGACAGAAGUUUUAGCCUCUUUUUUAUAAAUCAAAGCGCGUAUAGUGGGUGGCUCCUUCUCCUACGCUUCCCCUUAACUGAGAGGGGCUAUCUUUGAACGCGGUUGUACCGGUCACUCAGCUAGUAAACUACUUGACUGUUCAAUUAUUUGAACGUCAUGCGCGCGGUCGCGCGAGUCUGUUUCGAAAGCUUGGCGAUCGGUUUUGUGGCUACCGACAUUCGACGGGCGAAGAUUGUCAACGAUCCUGACAAUCACCGCCGUUCACAUCGUGUUCCACCUGUGUAGCCAGUCUGUUUAACGUAAUCGAUAGAGUGUAACGAUGCUGAAUCUGUUCGUCACUCUCGACAUUCCGACGGUCUACUACGGGGCGCUACUGGGCGCCGGAUUUUGCAUCUAUUAUCUUUUCGAAGUUGUCAAAACGCCGCUGCUAGUAUGCGCCCAUGGACCGUUUCGAUCGUUUCUCGAGGAACAUGUACCACUAGUAAGAAAUAAAUUCUGGCCAACCUUAUGGUGUUUCGAAUCGAGGGCGCAGACGAUUAUAGCUAGUCUUCUGAGAUCACGAAUCCUACCGCUCAUUAAUUAUCGCAGGGAGAUCCUGACCCUGUCGGAUGGGGGUGAAGUGGCUCUGGACUGGGCGGAAGAGGGAUGCUCCGUUACAUCUCCCAUCGUGAUCAUCUUGCCAGGACUCACCGGUGCGAGUCAAGCGGAGUACAUCAAAUGCCUUGUCUCGUCCGCGAAAAAAGUCGGGAUACGAUGUGUGAUUUUCAACAACAGGGGACUGGGAGGCGUAGAAUUAAAGACACCACGGACGUACUGUGCUGCAAACAGCGACGAUUUAUCAGAGGUUAUCGAGCAUGUAAAGAAAAUUUAUCCUCAUGUACCUCUUGGAGCGUCGGGCAUCUCUAUGGGAGGAUUAAUAUUAGGUAAUUAUUUAGCGCAACAAGGAGUAAUGGCAAGGAAUAAAUUAAGAGGAUGCUUUCUAAUAUCUGUGCCAUGGAAUGUUUUCGCUGCGACGAAAAACACGGAAGAGAAUUAUUUCAAUUUGAUGAUAAAUAAAUAUUUGGCUGGCACGCUACGCAAAAAUAUACAACGUUUGCAUUACUCAUCGGAAACCGGAAUGUUCGAUGUAGAUAUUGAACUACUUUUGAAAAGUCAAACCGUACGAGAAUUUGAUUCGCAUUUCACGGUGAAACAAUUUGGCUACAAAGACGUGGAGGAGUACUAUUCAAACGCAACCAUACACGACAAAUUGCAUUUGAUUGAUGUACCAUUAUUGUGCCUCAGCGCUGCCGACGACCCAUUCCAACCUGUUCAUGCCAUUCCUCUGAAGGAAAUAUCAGAAACGAAGAACGUAGCUGUCGUGGUGACAUCGCGUGGCGGACAUAUAGGUUUCUUAGAAGGAGUGUGGCCAGUGAAAGAAGAGCAAUACAUGGGUAAAUUAUUCUCCCAAUUUUUCGCUGCAUUGUUCAUUACCGACGUAGAUCGCCAGGUGUUAUGACGAACUUACAAAUUUAAUUGCAAGUUCAUCUACGAAUAUUCUUAGCAAAUGUUCCGUUUAUGUUUGGCCACCGCAUAAAAAAGAAACCAAUCACGUGCCAUGAUUAAUCGUAUUCAGGGUAUCGCACAUGUGAUGUAAUAGUGUUAAGGGAUGCAGAAUUUUCAUAGCUUUUUUUUAAUGAUAUACCUGUUACCGACCUAAGAAGUAUUAGCUUCUAAUAAUAUAGGUGUAUAAUUUUUUUACACGUAUACGUAAACGUGUUUUAGGUACCAAAAACGCACAUUCGUUUAUUACUAUUACAAUAUAGUAAUGUUAUAAUUUAUUUUUAACAUGACACGUGUUAACUACAAAACCGUGGUAAUUGAUACAUAGAUUUGGACAGAAAUAAAUAAUAUUUUAAUUUUA